AUGAUGACUCGCUUGCGUGAAUCCCUGGCCGGUCCAGGGUACGUGAUCUUGAACGUUAUUCGCGUUCUCAACAUUAUCACUUUUAUGGAUCUUAUAGCUGCUUGUGCAGUUUUGCUGGCCAAAAUCGACAUGCUCAACAGCUUCUUUUUCUUCGAGGCGGUGACCCAUGCCGUGGUGGCUCUGGUUAGCCUCUUCAUGAUCAUCUCGGAGCUCCCCAUUCUGCAAGGUUAUUUCGACAAUCACUGGCCGAUGUUCGGACAAGAAUCUAGUUUCUACUCUCUUGGUGGGAUCAUGAUGAUCCUGGGUGUAGCAACACUGGGCAACCUGAACACCAAGGCCAUGACCCAGGAAGUCAUUGGAAUGAGUUUCUGGCAAAUAAUCGUCUCUGCCGGCGUCCUGGCAAUGAUAGUUAGUGUGCUGAAUGUUCUGGCAAGCUACAUCUUCAGCGACCCCGAGACCGGCGUCAGUGCCCGCCAGGUGCGGGUAGAUGGCGCUGUUGCACCACAAAAGGCAAUGAGCCGGACCAGCAGUCACCGCACCCUCCAUUUGAGCGUGAAGCGAGAGGAAACCCUGCCCACCUACACUCGCCAGAACCCGGUCAAACGUGCCACCAAGCGUCUCACAGGCCGGUUCCCGCUCAAGAUCUCUAACCCCAUGAACCCGACCCUCGUUCAGGAGAACGAUGCCGCUUCCUCCAAGUAUUCUCGCGACUCUGCAGAGAUUCGUCCUCCCGACCUCGCACACCACCCCGCUCUGUACUCGGGCCACAUGGUUUGA